AUUGAUGUUAGAUUUGGAUUUAUUAAGUGUGUGUUUCAUACUUAUGAUGUGUUUGAAUCUAUUACUGUUUGCCAGUGCUUUGUUUGUUAGAUUCUCAUGUCUUUUUGCUGCUUGCAGCGAAGUUCCUCCUUUCUUCCUUGAUAAGGUUGUGCCGCUAAUUGUGAUUUGAACUGUAUAGUUCGAUUUUGUCCAGAGAUGAGAAAGAGGUGGUCAGAUGUAAAAUAGUAAGGGCAAUUUUGAAUUGACCGGAUUUGAAGUGAAUUUUAAUAUGGGACAAUUAUGGCGUGUUUAUGAUGCAACUGAAAAUAUUCACCAAGAAGAGGAUAUGUUAGAAUCAGAGGAUAUAGAGCUUGAAUCUACCUGCGCAGUUGGAUGAGAGUAUCCCUUGUGCUUUUGAAAUGCAAAUGCCGGGGAGAAUAACUGAGUGUGCUCCAAGCUUGGUGAGGACAUCGACGCAAUGAUAUCCAAAUUAGAGUUCAAAGUCAUUGGUAGUGUGUGGUGGUGUUGAUCCAAUUUCAAAUGUAAUGGUCAAAAGAAGUGUACAAUGGCAACUGUCAUACUAAUAAGAUGUUCAUGGUCAGUGUUGAUGGCAUUUGGGAAAAUCUAAUACGAGAACUACUUGAUAUCACUAGCAGAAGAAUGAAUGCUCCAUGUCAUUACAGGAAUUUGCGAAACUUAAUUUAUCAUGUAGCAAUCAAAAUGACAUGGUAUUGGUAUAUGUAACAGCACAGUAAUCUGUGGAUAGUGUGUUAAAUUUUUUACUAUGAUUGCUUCCUUUGAUUUAUUUUGUUCUUCUGUCAUUGAGGUCUCCUAUAAGCUUUUGUGGUUUCCUUGUCCUCAUUACUGCUGUAACCUAUCUGAUAUGGCAUGUUUGGCAGUUCUCAAGUAACCAACUUUGAGGUCAACUUGCUAGUUCUCGAGUAUAUGCAACCAAAACAAUUGAGACAAAACAAGUACAGAUGGUGGCAAGUUGAUCGUAUUUCUUAGUAAAGUCGCCAUGAAAUGGAAAUUUGAAGAUUGCCACUCUAUAUGUGAUCGUUAAAUGGAUGAUAAAGACACAGAAAGUAAUAAGAUGGUUCUAGCUAAACCAAAAGCUUCAAGACCCACUUGCUCAAAGUUCCAGUCUUUCUCUGCACUCCUUACGGGUGCAAUUAGCACAUCAUUGUCACCUAAUUCAAUUUGUGAAACAGCUCCAAUUAAACCCAAGACUCUGAGGAUCAAACCCGCAGAAAGUUUGGCUUCGACUGCUGCUGGUUCAUCUCAGGACGAGGCAUCUGGAACUGCAGCUUAUUCCUUCAAACUGGAAAUCAAAUCUUCUGUGGUAUUUAAACCACUGGCGAAACUUGUUUCAAGAACAACUGCUUCUCAAUUGGCAAGUUCGGGAAAUUUUAAUAUCAGUAACCAACAAGCAACAGUUCAGGUGCAAGCUUAUGUUCAAAGCGCAAGCCGAACCAAACACCAUUUCCAAACUCCAGUUACUUCAGAUAUUCGUCAAGAAUUUCCCUCGCUGCCUGUCAGAAUUAACCAGAUCAAUGAUCCCUCAAGGAUGGCACUGCGGAAAUCCAAAGAGAAUCCAAAGGAUUUGAUGCCAACAGUAAGUGGAGAUAGACCUUCUUAUGAUGGAUAUACUUGGAGAAAAUAUGGGCAAAAACAAGUGAAAGGAAGCGAGUACCCACGAAGUUACUACAAGUGCACGCAUCCGAAUUGUCCUGUAAAAAAGAGGUUGAAAGAUCAUUUGACGGAUAGUCGAAGUGCCAUUCGAUUAUAUAUAAUCCAUUUUCUUAUACAUCUAAAGCUCCAUUUUCUUACAAUUAUGUCACAACCACCGGUGGAGCUUUUAACAGGACUGGUCUUGGAACUCCUGAAAGUUCGUAUGGUCUGAGUGGUGAUUCUAUGAAGCAAUCAGAAGAAUCAAUGCAGUGGAUGAUGAACCUAAAUACAAGCGAAGGUAAGAAUUUUAAGAAAUGCUUGUUUCAAGCGGAUUAUACUGAAGUGAUCAAGAAACAGAAUUUACUGAGUGCAAAACCAUACUGUUGUGCAGCAUCGGUUAGAAUCUACGUGGUGGUUAAAAAACUUCAGUAACUUUGUCAGAUUGUAGUUUAUUGUAAGUGCGUUGUCUUGGAAAAUCCACUGUGCACCCCCACUUUUGAUGUUCACUCGCUGCUUUGGUUCUUUCUUUCAAGGAAGUCAGUCUAGUGACGCGGGCAUGAUAUCACAAGGUGUACAAGGGCCUCGAGUCGUAUUGCAAGGGACACCAGAUGCAGAGAUCACCGGGGAUGGAUUCCAUUGGAGAAAAUACGGACAAAAAGUCGUGAAAGGAAAUCCAUUUCCAAUGUUGAUACUCAACUUCCCUCUUAUAUUCUUUGCUCUGUCGGUUCUAUAACUUGUACCGUUAUAAACUUAUAAUGAUACAUCAUUACCUAUUCAGGUUAUCCUUUUCG